AUGGCAUCCCUCCAUAGACCGGAGCGUACAACCAUGGGAGGAUCCCUCGAGAUCCCGCGCAUGUUGAAUGGUCUCUGGCAGCUCGCCGGCGGCCAUGAUGACAAGGUGGACAUAUUGGCCGCGACCGCUGCGAUGGAUUUGCUUAUAGAGGCAGGCCUCGACACAUUCGACAUGGCCGACCACUAUGGAGACGCCGAACUCGUAAUAGGCCAGCACAGGCAGCAGAAGCCAACCCGCCAAGCAACUGCCUUCACCAAGUGGUGUCCAGCCGAAAACGGCAUCAAGUCUUUCGAGCAAGCAGAGGCAGCUGUCGACAGAGCCCUGACGCGAAUGGGACAGGGCCUAACCAACGUCGACGCCACCCAUCUCGAACUCCUUAUUCGAUCUGGAUAUAGUAUAACUACUAACCAGGUCUCGUGUUCCGUCAUCGAUCGACGAUUAGUCAGGGGCAGAUUAUCCCACGUCUGCGCUGAGCACCGCGUCGGCAUCCUCGCGUACGGGACUUUACUCGGCGGUUUCUUGUCGGAGAAUUGGCUCGGCCAGGACGAGCCACAGGAUAAGCAGACUUUGAAUUGGAGUCUGCGUAAGUAUCUCCGCUUUAUCCACACCGCGGGCGGCUGGGCCUCUUUCCAACGAGUUUUGCAAGUCCUGGCGGCAGUAGCCGGCAAGCACCAGGUUUCCAUCGCGGCUGUGGCGACGCGGUGGGUGCUGGACGUUCCUGUGGUGAGCGCUGUUAUAGUGGGAAGUCGGCUAUCUAAGGAUUCCGGGAAGUAUACGGCGAGCAACUUGGCGGCGUUUUCUUUUUCGCUUGACGAUGAGGAUAGGGAGUUGAUCGUGAGGGCGCAAGAGGGGUUGAGGGAUAUUCCCGGGGAUUGUGGGGAUGAAUACAGACGGCCGCCGUUCCUUACGGCCACGGGUGAUUUACGUGAUCAUAUAAAGGGGUCUGAUGAUGCGAGAAAGGUCAGCGAGGCAAUUGCUAAGGGGCAACGGGUGGAGUGCCGGUCUGGGGGCAAAUGGGAGGCCAUUGCGGGCUAUUCCCGCGCGGUACGCAUCGGCGAUACCAUCCAAGUCUCCGGCACGACGACCUAUCAAUCUCCAGGAUUCCAGUCAAGCUCGAAAUGCAUCGGUGGGAACUGUCCCCGAAGCCAGACAGUGGCGGUCCUCGAUAUCAUAGCUCGAUCCAUCAAGAAGCUGGGAGGAAACAUGUCCGAUGUGGUGAGGACCAGGGUCAUAAUCCGCAACGAAGAGGACUGCCAGGCGGUCAGCGAAGCACAUGGCUGGGUCUUCAAAUGUGAAGGCAUCAGACCGUCGAAUACCCUUACAACAGCCGGGCUGAUCGGGGAGGAGUUCUUGGUUGAGAUCGAGGCAGAAGCUGUGGUUGGGUCUGGUGCAUUUGUUCUACUUAUUGAUUGAACGAGCCCUCGAGAUAUGAAAUAAUAUCUGGUUGACGUUACUGGAGGAGGUUGGUGUUACAGCCUAAAGGCAUGAGAUGGCACUUGGUGAUGUUGCGUUGAACAAUACCCAUACGAAAAAAGUAUCAUGAUCGUUCCCGUUGGUGAAACUCGGGGAGAAUCGACAUUCAGCCUCUCGGGGUACGUCUGCUAAGCAUGAGGAAGGAAAUAACCCCUCCCCCACGCGGCGUGACCACUCAAUAACCAAGAGUUUUCGCGUGCCUUCCUCAUAGCAUAUUCGGCUUCAUCAUCACCCGUUGCCCCACGUAGCGACCAAAGCCUUCUAUAGUUUCCAGCUUUGUAGCCCUCUCUACCUUGGGCUAGAUAUUCGACCGCCUCACCGAGCGAACCUUCUAACAACUCUACACCUAACGCGACCCAACUGUUGUUGGCCAG